AUGCCUACCAGACUCACCAAAACGCGGAAGCACCGCGGUCACGUCUCCGCCGGUCAUGGUCGUGUUGGAAAGCAUCGUAAGCACCCCGGUGGUCGUGGUAUGGCCGGUGGUCAGCACCACCACCGUACUAACCUCGACAAGUACCAUCCCGGUUACUUUGGUAAGGUUGGUAUGAGACACUUCCACCUCCAGCGCAACCACUACUGGAAGCCCACCAUCAACCUCGACAAGCUCUGGUCCCUCGUCCCCGAGGAGACUCGUGAGAAGUACGUCUCUGGCAGCGCUCCCUCCGACAAGGCUAUCGUCCUCGACCUCCUUUCUUUGGGUUACGCCAAGGUCCUCGGAAAGGGCCGUCUCCCUGAAGUCCCCCUCGUCGUCAAGGCUCGCUACGUCAGCAAGGAAGCUGAGCGCAAGAUCAAGGAGGCCGGUGGUGUCAUUGAGCUCGUUGCUUAA